UUCGAAGGGAUGAGAACGCGUAUCGCAGUUUCUAACGGCGGACGUUCCCGGUCACAACUUGGAGCUUUUGAAACGCGGGAAAAUGAUUCAAGACUUCAAGAUGAAAUCUGCGUUUAUAUUGGCUCUGCUGGGAGUAUCUAUGUCUAACGUUCUAUCGGCCCCAGUAGCGAAUGGUGCAGAUCAAGAUAUUGGUGAAACAAAACCUGAUGUACCAGUGAAAGAAUUAGAAAACUUGAAAAUGGAAGACGGAAGCAAGGAAAUUGUUCCCGGAAUGAAAAGCGAACACGUCGAAUUUCAUCGACUUGAUUCGGUACAAAGGAACGGUGAAUUAGUGUCACGAUUAGAGCAACACGCUUCAGCUGAUGCUACAGGAAAUGAGAAGCCACACGUUCACGCUCAGACCCAACUGGAUUUGCCUGCGCAAGACGUGCACAAAGUAGUUGUGCAAGACGGGACCCACAUCAGUGUAAUGGACGCCACAACCGCCACUACUCUAGCACCAGAGGAACAAACUACUAAAGUAUUUCAUGGUGCUGCACGUUUAAUUCAACCAGGAUCUGGGAGUAAUAAUCCUCAAAAUGGACACACGGCUGUACGACGAGCUUUCAACGCUGACAUUACCAAAGAGAUGAACCAUAACAUGGAUCACUACUCGUCGUACGCGGGCGUUCAAUAUUCUCCGUUAGACAUGGCGGAGUAUGUGUUCUGGACCGGAGAUGAACGAGGCGUCACGACUGCUAUUGAACAGUUUCUGCAGGAAGGAAUGAUGACUAAAGAAGAGGCCAUAGCGUUUCUACAAGAGAUCAAGUUCAACAUCGAUUACCUCCGAGCCCACUACACACAAAACCUGAAGGCAUCUGAAGAGAACGCACAACAAGAAAAACUUAGAAACUUGAUAUUGGAGCAAAAUGCUAAGGAGUACCAAUACUACCAGGCACCGCAAUCGUUCCCCUUCGGAGGCAGUCCGGACAUCAUCCGAUCUAUAUCUGGGAAAACGUGGGACUUGAGCAACAACCUUGGCGUAAUUCCCUCUCUGCCCAUCACUAGUGACUUACGUCCUGAGCCCGUGAAGCGAACUUACGAUCCUAUGUUACAGACAAACAUAAUCGGUACAUCGGAAUACGACCGCGAGGCUCCCAUCGUCAGCGAAGAGGAGUAUGAAGAGAUGAUGGACAAGUUGCGAGCGGCUGACACCCUGUAUACUGAGUACACGUUGGAAGAAAUCAUUUAUCAACUGGCUAAGAUGCUGUUCUCGCAGUCGCUGCUGCGCGAGCCGGCGCCGGCGCGCGCCGCCGCGCAGCGCCUCGCGUCGCUCCUCGAGCGGGAGGCCGAGCGCGGCCGGCUCUCGCGCACCAUACAGAAGAGAGUGCUCGACGUGAUGAUGGCUGCACUGACGGAUACGAUCAGCGACCACCCUGAACUUCUGCAGGCGCGAGACGGUCUUGGCAUAGCCCCUUCUAACCGAAUAAUGCGUCAGUUUUUGGAGACAAGCGCAUCCGAACCGAGUGUCUCUCGAGCGAUCCUGGCAGCUUACAAGGACGAACUCUUAAAAGGACCGCCUCUGCAUAAAUUUUCCUUCACUGAAAGAAACUAAAUCUAACGUAACAUCGCAUUCUACCUCUUCCGCCAUUUAAUUUUGACCUAUUUUUUUAAUUUCGCUAAUAGUUCCUUAGGAAAUGUAUACAUUACAAAUAUAUAAUGCCAAAACGUAGUAAAUAAGAUUAAUUUGAGCUUUUGAAUGAUUCAAAAUAUAAUAAAGAUUAUAGCGUAUUAUUGUUAGCAUAAGAAAUUACCAACUUUGCUUGUGACCUAAGGCGUUACACUAGUGUUAUAACAUAUGUAUUUAAUAAGGUACCUGAUGAAAAGAUGUUUUAUUAAAUGGAUAUACCAAUUUAAUUUGAAAAAAAAAAAUAGUGUUACAAUAUUCGCAGAUAUAUGUCAGUAUACUUAGCAGUUAAUAAUAUAAAUUAUUAAACUCUAUUCCAAUAUUACAAUUUUAGACCAUUUUAUAAAAGUUGGUAAAAGAGUGUAUAAGAUAUUUACGGAUAAGCAAUUUUAAUACCAUCGCAUUCUACUUCAAGCAAAUUAGUUUUUUAGUUGUUUUAUUAAUAUAUAGAACUACUUCUGUAUUAAAAAAAAAAUGUAAUAUUGAACUAUGACAAAAAACAAC